CAGGCACAAGAAGGCUUUGUCUUAUCUUGGCACUGGAAGGUGGAGUGGCCAGACAUCCACAGGGCACGGAAUCGAAUCCCAAGAAGCCCUCUUUUACCAUACGUUUAUACCUUUGUGUUGGCUGUAUAACUUACACGGAUAAAAGUGUCAACAGUCUAUAGAAGAGCAUCAGAAACAUCACUAUGAGUUGGGCGUUUUUGACACGAGCCUUAGAAGAGAUCCAUAACCAUUCCACGUAUCUUGGGAAGAUUUGGUUUACAGUCUUAAUUAUUUUUCGUAUUGUGCUGACAGCAGUGGGGGGUGAAACCAUCUAUUAUGAUGAACAGAGCAAAUUUGUUUGUAAUACGCAUCAGCCCGGCUGUGAAAAUGUAUGCUAUGAUGACUUUGCACCUCUCUCACAUGUUCGUUUUUGGGUAUUCCAAAUCAUCCUAAUAGCUACACCUUCAGUCAUGUACCUGGGCUUUGCAAUGCACAGAAUUUCGCGAAGUGGAAAUGAUGGUAAGAAGAAGGCACCCCGUCGCAUGCCUAUGAUUCAGCGAGGAGCUAAUCGUGAUUAUGAGGAAGCAGAGGAUGAUAACGAAGAAGAUCCCAUGAUGUUUGAAGAAAUAGAGUUAGAAAAACCUGAAAAAACGGAUGACAAAAAUGACAAAAAACAUGAUGGAAGACAGCGUAUCAUAAAAGAUGGCCUGAUGAAAGUUUAUGUCCUCCAUAUUUUGGCACGGACCAUCAUGGAAAUUGCUUUCCUUUAUGGACAAUACAUUCUUUAUGGCAUUAAAGUAGCCCCAAAUUAUGUAUGUACUAGAAGACCUUGCCCACAUACUGUUGAUUGUUUUGUGUCAAGACCAACAGAGAAAACUAUUUUCUUGCUUAUCAUGUAUGCUGUUGCUUGCUUGUCAUUUCUGCUUGACAUCUUGGAAUUGAUCCAUCUUGGUUCUGGAAGCAUCCGAGAUGCUUUGAGCAAGAAGAAGACUAGUCAUGUUCGUUCUCAAACUCCUUCCGCUCCCCCACACUAUCAGUUGUUGAUGAAGAAGGAUAAAAUGAAUGGCAAGCUAGCAAAUGAAAAAAUGAGCUAUGGCCACAACUUGCCCAGCAGGACAGAGCAUUUUGCUACUGCUGAUCCUGUGCGUAAUGAUCUAGAAAAGCUGAGAAAGCAUCUAAAGAUGGCCCAGCAGCAACUGGAUUUGGCAUUCCAGAUGAACAUUACUGAAAGUCCACAUGCUUCUAGAAGUGGCAGUCCAGAGUCUAAUGGCACAGCUGUAGAACAAAAUCGCUUGAACUUUGCACAAGAGAAAGAAGGAGCAGUUAAAGAUUGAGGUCUAUAGGGGUGAUGCUGAAUGAAGUUUUUGCUUCAUAUGAUAAGCGGCAUGUUCCCAGAUGUGGAAAGGUGUGAGAGAAGCUCCUGAGUGGACUAUCUGCUAAUCUGCGACUUGACUGGAAUUCUGUAUAUUCAAAGGAACCACUGGAAAAUGACCAAACCGAGGAAAAUGGAAACACAUCACAGCAGUCUUAAAGUGGAAUGCUUUCGUUGGACAAGAGAGAGCAGACCACACUGUGCUGACUCUAGUUUUUGUUUUGUUUUUUUAUACGGAUUUUUCAUGUUAAAGCUAUUUAUAAUGGUACAUAUUGGGUACAUAUACAAUGCCUUCCUUUUUUACCAGCAUAUGAAAUUUUUCUAGGAUUUGUUAUUUAUAGGAUAUAAAACUGGCCCACAGGGCUGUGGAAUUUAGAAGUGUUAAUAUUUAGUGUUUCUACGCCAAGUUUAUCAAUCUUCCAUUACAUUAUGCAAGUCACAGUAUGGUCUUGUGUGGUGUACUACAUACAAGUAAGAGACAGCUUAAAUGAUUUCAUGAACUAAUGAAUAUCAUAGUUAUUACAGACUGUACAUUGUGUGAAGCAUAUGGCUUCUUCCCUUUCAGAACAGAGUUGGCCACUUUUGAAAAACUGAGUCAAUAGUUGCAGUUUAUACAUUUUCUAAAUAUUUGCAUUUUUUAUAUUCGUUUUUUUUUUAGCAAAACCAUUCCAGUGUGUAUUGUAUUCUCAGGGUUGUGAGUGUUACGUUUUGCAUUUUAUGAUGUAGGAGAUUAGGACUUUGGAGUAGAUUUAGCAUUUCAGAAGUAAAUAUUGUUUACAUCGACUGUCAUUAAUCAGUGCUGACUGGAAAAAUGGCGGACUGUCAGGACUGGCAGAGUAAUAGUAACAUCAGGGAAAAUUAGUGUGUUGGUCUGCUUUUCAUACUGCAUUUUCAUGUUUUGUCAAUGGAUAAAUGAGGAAACAAACAGCUGGAUUCUGAAAAAAAAUCUACUCUGCAUCAGAGUAAAGCAAGUACUGACCGUAUAAUUCAAGAUCUGUAGCAAUGCACCAUCUUGUAUAUUUUAAAGAAUUAUAUUUAAAAUCUUCGAAUAUUGGCAGAUUCUUUUCAUUGUUAUUUUUCUGGUGGGAAAAUUGAGCGAUUUUUACUGAUUUCUUUGUAGGCGCAAGAUGUAUGUCCUCUUGCCUUGCAUGCCGCUGACCGGUUUGUCUUCACAGUUCACAGCAUCAUUAUGCAAAGAGAGUGGGUUGGUUAUAGUUGACCAUUCUGUGCUGGUAUGGGGCCAAAGCCUACCUGUUGUUUGAAGAAGGUAGACACUUUCAAUGUAGUUUUGAUUUUUUUUUUUUAUUAUUAUUAUUAUUUUAGUAAAUAGUAUGAACAUUUCAACAAUGACAGUUCUGACAUUUCUUGAAAUGGGAGGUCUUCCUUUUGAUGUUUCAUAAUAAGUAGAGGCGUUAUUGGUUUAAAGCACAUUUCUGACAUGCUAUAAUAUUUCACCACCUGUAAUUUAGGUCAUAGAUUUUCAAAGCAUUUUGACGAGUGCAACCUUUUUCUCAUAGUCAUGAUGUUAUAAAGGAUGUCUGUGUCAUUUAUAUUUUAACAUUACGAUUGUAGUUGUUGCAAUCAGAAUUGGUGUUGUGUUAAAUUGUAGCAUAUUUGCACUGUGGAGUCAGCAGACGACCUAUAAGCUCCUAAACAAAAGUUUACAGAAUUAUGGGCUCUUGCCAAAGUUUUUUCUCACUUUAUUUUUUGUGACAUUUUCUGUAAUGAACUGGAAGUAAUGUUAGCAACAUCACUGAUAAAAUGUGUCCUUUAUUUCUAAUAAUGCUUCCCCAUAGAGUGGAACACGGUACUCCUAUGCUGCUAGUUGACAUUCCUUAAAACACAGAGGAGUGCUGGUGUUUUUCUUGGCAGGACAAGAAUUAACAUUGACUGAACUGACCAUAGCUGGAAAUUUUAUAGUAGCUAUGUGUCAGAUGUAGAAAGUCUUCAGAAUGCUGUCUACUUCAUUAGACAGCUGCCCUUGGCUGAUGAUGGGUUACUUAGUGUGUUUCAUUGUCAGGAACCUGUGUAUGAGCCUCUGUAGCUAUUUUUCCUACUUAGUGAAAGCAUCAUUUGAGCAGUAUUGGAACAUGGAUAAGUUGGUAAGGGAAUGGCAUGUUUCCUUUCCGUUUUUAUGCAGAAUGUAGUAUAUUAAGAUGAGCAGUUCAUACAUAGACACCAUGACUGCAUCCCCUUCUUCAGAGUUUUAGCAGGAAAUUUUGAAAAUAAGCUGCUUAUAGCUUGCAGACAUAUUGUGACCCUAGAUUUGCUUUCAUACAUCUGUACGAACCAGUGCAGCAUAUUCUGUGUAAAUACAGCGUAUAACUGUAGAAGUGUGUGUGUGACUGUAGUUUAUUGUGUUCCUUAUGCUGUUAUCAAAUGGAACUGAAACAAAGUUUUUUAUUUUUUUAUUUUUUUUUUUUUUUUCUGCCUUCCCCGGCUGUCAUCCCCAUCCAUUUUAGUGAGAUAUAAAGUAUCCCCUUUCUAUGCAUUGCAGUUAUUGUUGGAACAUAAUAUAAAGAGGACAGGCUAUGGUGGUCACACUAGCUGCUAAUCUUGUCUGCUCCUUUCCUCCCUGUUGUCUGGCAUCAAGCAAAUAUUUUAAGGUAAGACCCAGUUAUUUACAGGGGAAACAGGCAUCCUGCCCAAGUUUAGGAUGAAAUUAAAGCUUUGGUAAUCUGUGUCCCAGAAAUGUGUAAUUUUGCAUUGCAUGCAUAUUUUAAUGUCAUAAUGAAACUAAUACUACAUCCAGGCUAUAGACCUGCUGUAGAGCCCAGCAUUCUUAAAACUUUAAUCCUGGGACUUAUUAGCUUAUACAUUUCUUUUGCUGGUUUAGUAAUUUAUUGUUCAUUCCUCCAGAACCAUGAUAGUACAUUCAGCUGUGUGUACUUCACUGGCUGUGACACUCAUCUUUUGCACCUGUUGCAUGACUCAGCUUUUUCAUUUUAUUGGUAGUUCAAAUAUACCCCUUUUAAGAGUGGUUUGACCUUCGACCUCUUAGUAUCUUGCUCAGUUACACAAAUAUUGUAGGUAUCACAAGUACACCAACGGUCUUAUGCGCUUGACAACAUUACUUUAUUUGCCCAAAAAGAAUUUCAAACCAUAUAGGUGCAGUUUUAUAAUGCU